AUGCAGGCAUACCGAGUUUCUCCGCUGUAUAUAGUGGUUGAAUUCGUUUGUGAACUGUGUCAGCAAUGUGCCAAAGCAUUUGUGGAUGCACUGCAAGGAUUCCACAGCGGUUUCGAAGCUCUGAUGGCGCCGUGGACAGCCCUGGGCGAUUUAAUUAAACAGUUCGGCUCAUUACUCCGGAGAGGUAGCUCCAGUAAAAUUCUUAAAUUAAAUGGAUCAUUGAGUCGACGGAUUUUGUGA